AUGACCGCAGCGAAGACGGUCGUUGCUGUGCCUAUCGGAACUGGCCCUCCCACUCGAGAAGAACUGAGAGUUCACUACCCUGCACAAUUUACAUGGGAACAGCUUCGCGCCUUUGUUAAUUCCGGUGACCUUGGACUGCUCAAACGCCACAAGGCUCUGCAGCAGCGCUAUAAUCUUUGGGUGGCAGGAAUAAAGAUAGAACAUGGCUCAAUGGUCAAUUAUCUCGUCAAUCGUCGCUUGCAAUGGGGCAUGCCAGAUACGCUUUCGUUGCUCGGUCCGCCCUUUCCGCAAGACGACAUACCUUCCAUUGCGACUGCACUGACAGACCUUCAGUCAACCGCUACCAGCCUUUCACCUCCCUAUCUCUCUCCGAGCAUGCCUAGUGAAUAUCUCAGUGUCAUCACGAACGACUGGCCAUACUCCGUUCCGGCUUCGGUUACCCAUACACUUGUCUGGACUAAAAUUCCCAUUUUUCAUCCUAGCUUGAUCGAUCCAUCUAUCCAAGCCCGCAUUGACCAAGACGGCCUCUGGGGCUUCACCGGCUCAUCGAUUCCACCACCGCCAUUGGAGGACUAG